AUGGGUCUCUCUCUACAGAACUUAGGGCUUUCCCUGCUAAUCCUCGUUGCUUUCUCCAGCCAGGUCCAUGCCUUCGGUGCUGGUAACAUCGCUUCUUUGUCCAAGUUGGAGGGGCAGAACUGGCGUCAUGGAGAUAUCGAAGACGCCCUCCUCACCCUCCUCCUGGCGAGAGUUGCGGGCGGCAAGAAGUUUGGCAAGCUGGAUGUCAAGCGGGUCUACUUUGGUAACUGGCUGCGGGAUUACAGCCAGGCUGUCGAUGUGGGCACCGUCAAGUACGUCAGUGCCGAGGCUAUUCGCAUCUUGAUAUGGGUCCUGGGCUUCAUGAGCUUUGGAUACGGAACGGGAGAGUUUGAGGUCACCACCAAGCGCCUCGGCUGCUAUCAGCCCACCGAGCACAUCGAUAACCCACUGGGAUACGCUGAGGGUGACGAUGCGCGCAACUACGACCGUCGCCUGCGUGGACCCGUCGAUGAAGAGCGGGAACUUUCCAUCGAUCCCCGUACAGGCCUGAAGAACUAUAUCGCCAACGAGGACGCCGGAAUCGAUACUUCGGCUGCUCUCAUCCGUAGCGUUCUGGGUCGCUCUAUCCAACUUGGUCGUCGCUAUGGCGAGUCUGGAAACAAAGAUGAUCUCUAUGAAGCUCUCCGUCUCCUGGGAACUGGUCUGCACUGUCUGGAGGACUAUGCUGCUCACUCCAACUACACAGAACUCAGUCUCAUUGAACUCGGAGAGACCGAGGUCUUCCCGCACGUCGGACGGGACACCAGAGUGGAGGUCGAGGGUGUCGGAGAGGUCUACCCCAUCGUGACCGGUACCUUUGGUGGUGUGGAUUUCUUCCACUCCGUUCUAGGUGAAUUGUCUGAUAAGACCAUGCAGUCUGAACUGGAGUCGUUGGAAAACGCCAUCACCGAAUCCGACAACCAGGACUCCUCCGAGAGCUUCCUGCAGAACCUGCUUUCCAAGAUCCCUGAAGGUCUCCUAGGUGACAGCAAUGACCAGACCGACAAGAUGGACGAUUUCAAGAACAAGGCCGAUGACGCGAGACACGAUAGCCAGGAGAUCAACCCCCGCGAGCCCGAGGAGUGGACUCUCUACCUAAACAACGUCCAAAAGCAGAUCUACCCAGUCCUCGAAUGGCACGACAACCUCCUGAAGCGAAUCAACGAAGCCAUCGAAAAGAUCCCCGUCCUGCCCGAGUUGAUCGAGCAGAUCCAAGACCAAAUCACCGUCUUCGUCUUCUCCAUCCUAGCUCCCUACGUCCUGCCCAUCAUCAAGCAGGUCAAGUCCGAGCUCGAGACUGGUUCGUCCGAAGUUAUCCAGAGCAGUCGAGAGCAGCAGCACAUCGUUUUCAACGAUGAUGAAUGCUCUAACCCCACCCACUCCAUGCUCUCCAAGGACCACUUCUCCAACAUCCUCAACGAACCCGCCGGUCGCAUCGCAUCCGAGGUCGUCAAGUGGUCCGUCCCGCAACUCAUGCAAUGCUGGGACCACGAAGACGCCGACGUCGACCGAACCCUCGACCGAAUCAUCGCAGGUGUUUUCCACCACCCCGCCCACCGCGAGCACGGCCGUGACGGCGCCUCCGACAUGCGCCACAUCAUGUUCUCAACCGUUGAGAAGUGGUGGGGUGAAAAGGAUGACGAUGAGCGCGAUAUCCUCCGUGACCAGCUUAGUCGCGACGGUGUCCUAGAAGGCCGUAACCACAAGGAUGGUGUCCAGGAUUGCGGACACGGAUGCGGCAAGCCCCUCGCUCUGCCCAAGAACAGUGGCGGUGGCAGUUCUGGCGGUCAAAACGCUGGCAGCUCUGCUAUUGAGGGUAUUGCUUCUGAGGCCGUUGGAGGCGGUGCGCUCGGCGGCCUGCUUGGUGGAAUUGUCGGAGGCAUGGGCUCUAUGCUUCUGAACAAUGACUCGAAGCCUGGUCGGGAGAGCCCAGAGGCUCAGACUCAUUCUUACGAUAGCGGCAGUGGUGGUGGUUACCAGAGCCGUCCUCAUGAGACCCAGCAUUAUGGUGGAGGCGGGGACUCUUACGGUCAGGUCGAGUCUCGCCCUGAGUAUGGCUACCAGGGCCAGUCAGGUUACCAGGGCGGCCAGUCGGGCUACCAGAGCCAGUCGGGCUACGGCGCCCCUGUUCAUCAUGAAGAGUACCGUCCCACUCCCGGUGGAUAUGAAUACUCGAGUGAAACCACCUAUGGCCAGCCUCCUGUCCGUCGUGAUGAGUACUCAGGAUAUGCGCCGCCCGCAGAGAACUACCAGCGUCAGGAAUACCACUCUCGUCACUCGGAGAGUCACGGGGAGAGCCAGGGCUACUACCAGGAGGAGAGGCGCGAGACCUACCAGAGUAGUCACUCUGAGUACCGCAGCGAAGAGCGAGUGGACUACGGAGGCCCACCACCUGCCAGGGAUGGAUAUGGCGGUGGAUAUGGCGGUGGGUACGGAGGACCUCCUCCCUCCACAGAGAGUCCUAUGGAAGACCCCAGCCUCGUUACAAUGAGGUCGAAAGCUCUGGGUAUGGGAGACCCCAGGAGGGCUAUGGUCAACAGUACGAAGGCGGCGACGGAUAUCGCGUCGAGCGACGCUAUGAAGAGCGCGGUUCUCGCAGUGGCAGUGACAGUGAAGAGCGUCACCACCAUCAUCACCGCCGCCAUCAUCACCAUGAGCGGUCUGGUUCGGACUCGGAUUAAAGAGCACCGGAUUGGACCCCGGGUAGUGCUGGGCUAG